UGUUAUGACUUAUGACAAUUGAAUUAUCUGUCAACUUAAUACGGUGUUCUUUAAUCUUAGGUUUUUGAAGCGCAUUAAAGAUUGUUUAAGAAUAAAAUAUAUAUAUAACGUGUUCAAUUAGCUUUGAAAGGCCUUAUAAAAAUUAACUGUGAUAAAAUUCCAUUUGAUCAUGUCUAACACAUACACGUGUAUAACAUGCCAGGUGUUCUUUAAAACAGCUGAUUUACAGCGUGAGCAUUACAAAUUAGAUUGGCACAGGUAUAAUUUGAAACGAAAAGUAGCCUCUAUACCUCCAGUAACGUUAGAGGAAUUUGAACAACGGGCAAAAGAGCACAGAGAACAGGCACAAAACGUUGAUCGAGAUGAGUCGGUUUAUUGUAAAUGCUGCUCAAAAUUAUUCAAUUCUAAAAACGCUUAUAACAAUCAUUUAAAUAGCAAGAAGCAUAAAUUGGCUGAAGAAAAACAUUUGGCUGAUGAACAAUCAAGCAGUCUCAAAAAACAGGAAGAUGAAAGCCAAUCAGAGAGCAAUAGUUUUGAAAAAAUUGAUCCAAGUAAGAUAGUGCCGGCACAACCAGGAAAAUUUGUUGUUGUAAAUGCUGAAGACUCGGGCGAUGAUGAUAUUGAAACAGAUUCUGAUAUAGAAGAGCUUGACUCUGAUGAAUGGGAAGAGUGUCGUAUCAAAGGUAGUGACUCUCUUAUCAAACCUAGGGACUGCUUAUUCUGUGGGAACCAUAGUAAAAAUAUGGUGAAGAAUUUGAAACACAUGUCUGAGACUCAUUCAUUCUUCAUUCCGGAUGUGGAAUAUUGUACAGAUAUGAAAGGUCUACUAUUAUAUCUCGGCGAGAAGAUUUCACAAGGGUUUAUGUGUCUAUGGUGCAAUGAAACUGGGCGUACAUUUUACUCUAUGGAAGCUGCACGGGGCCAUAUGAUUGAUAAGGGGCAUUGUAAGAUGUUGCAUGAAGGUCUAGCAUUGGCUGAAUAUGCUGAUUAUUAUGAUUAUAGUGCAUCAUAUCCUGAUCAUGGUGAAGAAGAAGCUAACAUGGAUGUAGAUGAAGAGGUUGAAGAGCCAGCAGCAUUAGAAUGUGAUGACUACCAACUGGUGCUACCAUCUGGUGUCACUGUGGGACAUCGUUCUCUUAUGAGAUACUACAAACAGAAUGUAACACAAAAUAGUCAAGCCCUUGUUAAAAAAUCGGAUCGCAAACUUCAUCGCUUACUAGGUGUCUAUCGGGCUUUGGGCUGGGCUCCGAAGGAGCAAGCAGUAGCAGCAAAGAAAGCCCGAGACAUUCACUUCAUGAAACGAGUACAAGCAAAAUGGGAGAUGAAAAUGUCUAUCAAGGCGAAUAAGUUUCAAAAACAUUUCCGACAACAAGUCAACUUCUAGAUCAUUAUAGUUAAAUGUACAAUAUAUUGUACAUUAUAUUGUUCCUUAAAGCAGUUUGAUAUGAAUUAAAGACAGAGACUUAAAUUAUCUUUUUUACUGCUUGUGUUUAUUAUAGAAUAUAUAAUAUGAAGGUGCAAAUAUUAUAUCUGAAUACAGCAUUGGUUUUUUUAGCUACAUUUUUUUUUAUUAAAAAGGAACUGCUUGUUCUGUAUAAAAAUGUGGAAUACUAUCACAGCAGCAGCAUAUCUUAACAAUUAUAAUAUUUUUAUUUAUAUUUAUGACUGUGUUAUAAACAUGAUUGCUUAUGAAUUUGAUCUGUAAAUUGAACAGACGACUUAUAUUUUGAAUGUUGGUCAAUUUUAAGCAUUUUAUUAGAUAACUUUUGUCAUAUCAAUCUUGUUUAUUUUAAUUCGACCUUUCUUAAACCAAAUUACAUGUUAUCCGAUGUUAUAAAAGAAACAAUA